AUGAAUCGUAAGAAUUAUCUUCUCGCUCAAUUAACUGCCGUUCGAGGUCUUGCAUUAGGUGGUGGUGGACUUACACUAGACUGGUCAAAAAUAACAAUGUACCUUGGAUCACCACUCAUUGUACCAAGCUGGGCAUUAAUCAAUAUUGCAUUUGGUUUUAUUCUGAUUAUCUGGUUGAUUGUACCCAUUGUCUAUGGAACGAAUGUGCGCAAUGUGCAAGCUCAACCAAUCGGUGGAAUUAUAUUUCCAGAAUUGACAUCAAUGCAUCUUGUUACAAUGUUUACUUCAUUUGCUUGCCUUCCAGCCGUUUUCGUACACACAUUUCUGUUUCACAUGUCCGAUCUCUGGAACCAAUUUCGUUCGAAAGCUCUUUACAACAUGGGCAAUGAUGUGCAUACACGACUUAUAUCACUCUAUAGAAAUGUUCCUGACUGGUGGUUUUGUCUAGUCUUUACAGUUUCCUUAAUUGUAAUUUGUGUAAUUUGUAAUCAUACAGGUUGGUUGAAAUGGUAUUUAGUACUUUUGUCUCUUUUCAUUUAUAUAUUAUUGGUACUUCCUUUUGGACUUGUUGCAUCAAUAACAGGACAAUUUCUACAAAAUGCACCUGUCUAUUAUUUUGGCGUGAUUAUUUCUCAAGGUUUAUCUUUAGGUAAAGAAUCAAAACAAAGCUAUAUAUUUCUCACAGUCGGUUAUGUUCUAUUUAUUCAAACACUCGCUCUAGUACAAGACAUGAAAUUAGGUCGCUAUCUUAAAAUUGGUCAUCUUCCACUCUUUGUUGCUCAGUGUCUAGCAGGAUUUAUUUGCUCUUCAAUCAAUGUUGGUAUUCAAUAUAUAUAUUUUAAAAUAUACGGGUUUAAUAAUGAAUACAACUCAAAUAUUUCAAUAUUUGAUUACACAUUGCUAGGUAGAAGUUUAUUUAAAAAUGUUAAUGGAUUCUUAUCUGAUGCUAAUGAAACAAAUCGCUAUUUACUUUGGGCUUUUCUGGGAGGUGCAGUACUACCAAUUCCUGGUUGGCUUUUAUCACGCUGGACACGCUUUAAUUGUCUAAAACAUUUGCAUUGGCCUCUCAUUUUAGUCACGAUUAGUUGGAUACCUGCUCUGUUGUCAGCAGGUGCGCUUUUCACAUGGAUCCUAAUUGGACUUACUGUAUAUUUUACUAUUGGAAAAUAUACCUGGACUAAACGAUACAUAUAUUUAGCAUCUGGUGCACUAGAUGUAGGCGUCAAUAUGACACAAAUUUUUGUAAAUACAUUAUUCAUCAAUCAAAAACAUUCAUUUCCAGUAUGGGGACGUGCAAAACUCAAUAACGAAUGGGAUAGUUGUACACUUGCUCUGUCAGGAAAAAAUUGA